AUGAAGUGCAGCCCUGAAACUCUUCAGGCCUGGACGAGUAAGCCCCUCCCAGCCCCAGGCUCUUGUCCAGCCUGGUGCCUGUGGUGACAGCCCCUCCAUUCCCCCAGCCCCGCUGCUUCCGAGAGUUAAGGAGCAGCAGGAGGAAAUGCGUCAGCAGGGCCCUGGUGCUGUGUGUGACACUGGGCUCUGGCACUGUGGGGUGACACCAGCCCUGCAGUGCCAUGGGGACCCUUGGGGACAGGCGGCUCCUGCUCUGCUGCGCCUUCUGGGGACUCUGCCUGGCCUCGGACUACGAUGAUUACUCCCAGAACAGCACCCACGAGCAGGCCACCCCAGAGGCCACCCCGUGUCCCCGAGCCAUCCCGGGGGACCAGGCCACGGUCAACAACGUCACCUACCUGCUGAUCCCCGAGGCCACGCGAGCCCGGCUGGACAGCGCCGUCACCGUCCGCCUCAUCCCCGGCCUCUACAGCCUGGCCUUCGUGCUGGGGCUGCCGGCCAACGCGCUGGCCCUGUGGGUGCUGGCCACGGGCGCCGAGCGCCUCGCCUCCACCGUGUUCCUCAUGAACCUGGCCGCCGCCGACCUGCUGCUCGUCUCCGUGCUGCCCUUCAAGAUCUCCUACUACUUCCUGGGCAACCACUGGCCCUUCGGGGAAGGGCUGUGCCGCCUCACCACGGCGCUCUUCUACGGCAACAUGUACUGCUCCGUGCUGCUGCUGGCCUGCAUCAGCGCCGACCGCUACCUGGCCGUGGCUCACCCCUUCUCCUCGCGCUCCUUCCGCACCCCGGCCUUCGCCGCCGGCACCUGCGCUGCCGUGUGGCUCUGCUCGGCCGCCCUCACGCUGCCGCUGGCCCUGCAGCAGCAGUCCUACCCUCUGCUGGGCACGGGCCUCACGCUGUGCCACGACGUCGUGCCGCGCCACGAGGACGAUGGCUUCUACUUCCACUACUUCGUGGCGCUGGUGGCCUGCGCCUUCCUGCUGCCGCUGCUGCUGCUGGCGCUGAGCUCGGCCGCCGUGCUGCGCGUCCUCCUGCGCCGCCGCCGCCGCCACGGCCACGCCGCCAAGCUCACGGCCCUCGUGGUGGUGGCCCUGGUGGUUUUCUACGCCCCCAGCAAUGUCCUGCUGCUGCUGCACUACUCCAGCCCCUGCUCCAAGCUGCACGGCCGGCUGUACCUCAGCUACAUGGUCAGCCUGGCCCUCAGCACCUGCAACAGCUGCGUUGACCCCUUUGUGUAUUACUACGUGUCUGAGGAUUUCCGGGAGAAGGUGAGGAGGAAAAUCUUUGGGGACAGCAAAAAAACCACCACUUCCAUCAAGACCUCCAAGGAAACUUUGCCCCAGUCCAAAAGUUCUCUGGUGUGAGCGUCCAGCCUGGCCAGAGGCUCUCAUCAUGCACACGGUGGGGAUGAGAUGAACUCAGCACUGGAAUUCCACUGGUUUUGCCCACAGCAGCAUUUCCUAGGAGCCAAGCUGGUUUUUCCCUGCCUGCACAGAUAAGGGUGAAUAAAGCCAGGCUGUGGGAUGCUCUGCCCAGACAAGACACUGAGUGCUGGACACGUCCAUCCUUUACUGGCACUGCCUGCAGCUUCUCAGCUGGUCACACACUGCCAGGGAUGUGCUGCUGUUCCUAACCUGGCUGCUCUCUCUGCUAGUCCUGCUCCUGGCUUGCUCCCUGCCCUUAAAUGCAUAUUCCCUUCCCCUAACACUGAAACAGCAAAAUCAUUGUAAAACCGAAUUUGUAGAUGUUUCAGAAGGUGCUCUCCUGAACUGAACCAGUCUGUCAGAAGAGUGCAGAGCACUGGCUUGAGUAGCAAAAACAUUCUUGGUUUGUAAGCAACCCCUCAGUAAUGUCAGCCCACUGUUGGUAAAAGGUGUAAAAAUCCCGUUCACUCAUCCCUGGUUUUGUAAAUCACCCGUGGCAACUGUCAUUUCUUUGAGGCAAACGUUGUAUUAAUGGAUUUUGUAAAAAGUGAUGUCUCAUGAAGGGAAAUAGUAAAGUAGGAGUGGAGCAGCCCCUCUGGUACUCCAAACUUCCUUCGUGUAAUGCCACCCACAGCCAAAAGCUGCUGAUCAAAAAAGUGCUCAGGUUUGUUGCUUAUUGGAACCUGCUGCAAAUCUGACAAAAUGCAGCCAGCUCAUCUCUCAGACACAACUGGGGCACAGCCCUGUGAGCAGUCAGGUGGAAAAUGAGCACUAAAACCUCUUUAGAGCUCCUUCAUUCUUUAGCUCUCCCAGCACAGGCUUGACAACCUAAAGCGUGAAUAAGAGGCAGAGAAGAUUGUCUUAAAAUCAAUUUUUAAUAAAAUAUUUAUCAGAAUCUAAAACAAACACUUUUCUGGACUCAGACUUGCUCAGGUGUGUUUGAACAAACCAACAACUGGUCAGAGAGCUGUUUGUGUGUACCUGUGUGUGGGGGGCAAGAGGCAAGGGAGACACAAAGCUGGGCUCCGGGUGCUGGGCACUCAGUCAGAAACACCAAGGACUAAAACAAAACCCAACCCCAAACCCAGGCUGGUAGAGGAUUUCUAAAUAGUUGCUCUAUUCACAAUAAUGAAAACCAGGUUAUUGUGCAUUAAAUGUCAACAGUCAGUGUGAGCAAAGCAAGUGCUGGUGUGUCAGGGAUGUUCUUCAAGCAAGCUCAACAUUCUUCUGGUAUUUGCUUUCUACUGAGGCUGAUUAAGAAGGAGGGGAAGAGGCAAGACCAAAACACAGGACAAGAAAGAACAAGGGGAACUAUUGCUUUAAAAUAAAUACCAUGGUAAUGAUUACUCUGCAUAAUGUACAGUUACAAAUAUAUAAAUAUUAAUUUCCUUGGAAGGAUUGCAAGCGUCAGUCACUGGUGACUUGCACUGCUGCAGCUCUGCAGUCACAGAACUCGAUGGAAGAAGAGAUUUCUGUGUCUUACAAACCCACUGGCACUUUUCUCCUUUUGCAGCGAGGGACCAUCAGUGAAAGGAAAGAAGCAUCUCCCUGACAGAGGGAAAGGUCUCUAAGCCAGAAACAACCCAAAGCAGCAGCAGCUGCUGCUGGCCUUGGCUUUCCAGCACCCAGCUGGUCUUUUCUUGGUGGGAAAAAAACCCAAAAUCAAUCCUUCUCUCUAAACUGACUGGCUGAGGUGCACAAAGUGGGACCUGAGGUGUCCCUGUGCUCUCAGGGACAGGAGGAGACUGAUCAGCUCCAGAGCCAGAGCUGGGGCACAGCCUGUGAAUGGUUUUGGGUCUGUAGAGCUGUGCUGUGUCCAGGGGUGCUCAGGGAUCCAGUCCUAAAGUCCCCGUAUUCCAAGCAGGAUGUUAAAGAAUGGAGGAGAAAUAAUCUGUAUUUUUUCCCUAGAUAAGAAUUAAUGAUGGUCACAAGAACCACGAACAGCAAAUGUGGGGCAGGGAAAAGCUCUGGGCCCUCAGCUGGGGUGGAGGAGAGAGCAGAGACCUUCUCCUUUAUUCCUGUGACAGGGGGAAAAGGCAACCACGGUGGUGGAGGUUCCUUGAUUCAACUCCUUAAAUAAAAUCACCUUUUUACUUUUUAGCUACAAAGAGGAGUUGGUUUGGUGUAGCAAGAGCAGGAGGAGGCAGAGGCUGCCAAGAGCAGAAGGAUUGGAAGUGCCAAGGCUGGGAAGAAGCACUGGGGGUGAAGUCAGGAUCCACAAAUCCUGUCACAUCCCCUCCCACACACUGCCCUGCUCUGGCUGGCUCUGAGGACAUUAAGGCUGCUCUGCUUUUGCCUUCUGAGGGUCCAGGGCUCUCUGGCUUUACUUUGAAUUGUAAAAGAGAAGCCAGACUCCUCUGCCUCAAGCACUGGCACAGAGACCCCUCAAACAAGGCCUCGAUUGAUGGGCUGGCACCACCAGCUGGAAUUAUUUACCUGGCAGCAACAGGGGGAUGUCUGCAUCUGGAAUUAGGACACUGCAUGUCCCAGAGCCUGGGGAAAGUGAAGAAAGCCAGGUUUAAUUCUUGGCUGGAACUCCCCAUCCUCACCUCCUCAUCCCCAGGGGGAAGUGUGAGUGCCCAAGGAUCUGUGAGAGGAUUUAAAUCGACUUUAAAAAGACUUCAAAUACCUCUCCAGAAGCAUUCACUGGGUGUACAGUGGGCAAGAGAGAGCAGGAAAGGAAAA